GAGAAAAGAUGCCGAUACAACAAAUGGGUUCCAAGAGGGGACAAUUGUUUUCGGGAGAGCUUUUGAAAAAGGGUCAGGAUUUGAUUUUCAAGUCACAGGCGGGACCAAGAAGUCAUCCCCAAACGCUUAUGUGGAGGAUGAGGGUGAUUAUCAAGCAGACUCUGCAGGCUGGAUGAGCCCAACACAAGUCGCCAGUCCCAAAGACUCGUCAUGGAAGAGCAUGUCGCCCUCACUGCAGUGUGGUUUGGGCAAGUUGAAGUUCAGAGCGGUGGAACCAGGAGCAUCACAAUUUGCGGUAGAACAAGGAAAUGCACCUCCAAUGCCUCUGUCACAGGUCCCGUCUACCUGUGGCUACAGCAUGCAGAGGAACUCGCAUGCACUUGAAAUGUUGGUUCCCUAUGAUGGCUGCAACAUGGUUCAAGAGGGUGGAAGUUAUGUACUCCCGAUGCGUUGGCAAGGAAUUCCAGUCUCUCUCUGGUGUUCCAAACCUGCCGCACCUCCUGCCGCAACUCCUGCUGCACCUCCUGCUUCCAAAACGAAUUCCCCCCAUUCCCCUGUACCUCGGAUGUCUCAAUACCCUCGGAUGCCUCAAUACCCUCGGAUGCCUCAAUACCCUCAGAUGCCCGAGAAAACAACAGCAACAACCACACGGCCUAUAACUGCAAAGGCGACUCAAAUUCCUCAAUACCGUCAGAUUCCUCAAUACCCUCAGAUUCCUCAAUACCCUCAGAUUCCUCAAUACCCUCAGAUGCCUCAAAACCCUAAGAUGCCCGAGAAAACAACAGCAACGCCCACACGGCCUAUAACUGCAAAGGCGACUCAAAUUCCUCAAUACCCUAAGAUGCCGGAGACAACAACAGCAACGACCACACGGCCUAUAACUGCAAAGGCAUCUCAAAUUCCUCAAUACCCUAAGAUGCUGGAGACAACAACAGCGACCACACGGCCUAUAACUGCAAAGGCAUCUCAAAUUCCUCAAUACCCUAAGAUGCCGGAGACAACAACAGCAACGACCACACGGCCUAUAACUGCAAAGGCAUCUCAAAUUCCUCAAUACCCCUCAUAUUCCUCAAUACCCUCAGAUGCCUCAAUACCCUCAGAUGCCUCAAUACCCUGAGAUGCCUCAAUACCCUGAGAUGCCUCAACACCCUCAGAUUCCUCAACACCCUCAGAUUCCUCAACACCCUCAGAUUCCUGAAUACCCUCAGAU